GGUGUUUGUUGUUGUCCCUCCUCGCCGUCGUAGCAUGGAUGGGAAUCCGUGUCGCCCCGCGAACUGUUACUGUCCCGCCGCUGCAUGCGUUAGGUUUAGGGGUGCUGAGCAGGUUUGAGAUGUUUUUGGCCAAAUCUUCCACACGCUCUCGACGUUAGACGGCGGUGUGCUGUGGCUGAGCUCCCUCUCUCUCUCCGUCUGCAGCUCCGCUUUACAGACCGUUCAGGCGCGCUCUCCGCAGCCGAGCCAGCCACUUAGCUCCCAUACUCAAAAUGGCGGACAACGAAGAGGAGAGCAGUAACUCGGGCAGCGCUGCUGGAGCAGGAGCAGGAGCAGGAGCAGGGGGGGCCGGAGGUGAUGCCCUCGGUGGGACCCAGUCGCAGGCUCUUCUGACGACCAGGACUGGAGCGGCUGCUGUGGCUGAACACCGCGGCGGAGUUACGGUGUGCAGCGCGACCGUUAGCGGCGCGGGGGACGCUGAGCGAGGCCUGCCCCAGCAGGGACACGGCGGGUCGGGCGCUGAGACCACAGAGGUGGACGGCGGCGGCUGUCAGGAGGUCCUCGGCCACAUUUUGGGAACUGAGGUUUUGACGUCUUAUGUACAUACGUCCGACAGUGUGGAGGGAGCCGUGGCCGCGGAGUGCACCACCGUGAGCAGCGACUUUUUAAACGCCCUGGCUCCCGCCACCACCAUCAUUUACCUUCAGCCCGACGGCAGCUUCGUGGAGAGCUCGGGGCUGUCCGCCGAGGAGCAGCAGCAGCUCUUCGAGCAGCUGUCCAAGCAGCAGCUGGUCCAGCUCACGGGCAGCGAAGCGGCUCGCAUCUUCGAGCAGCCCCAGACCUCCAAACCUCCAGCUGCCGCCGUCGCCCCUUCCCCUGCUCCUUCUUCCACCGUGAAAACCGGGACUAUAGCAAACGUGGACGUGCAACAGGUCAUAGAGCACGUUAACAAGUCCCAAGUGAUCGCUCAAGCAGAGGCAGCCCGUGCUCACACGACAGCAGCGCCCAAAACAGUGCAGAGGACGGUCGCGGCUCAGCCCACCUCAUACAUAACGCUCGAACCGGGGAGCCUGAUUUCGGGGGGGCAGCUGACCGCAACUAUCCAGCCGCAGCCCUUCACCAUCGUCCAGAAUGCAGCCCAGCAGCUGCAGAGCGCCGCCAAGCAGGUCGCCCUACAGCAGUCGCAAAAUGGAGCCCACCCGCUCCAGCCAAAGCCUGCUGAACCCAUCCACAUCCAAGUACAAGCACCACCGAAACAGGAGAUUAAGCAACGACAGGCUGCUCCCAUCACAAUCUUGCAGCCACAAAGUUUGCCAGUAAGCCAGCCUGUGGUGAAAGUUUCCACUGUGGGAACGGUCAGCACUCCUCAAAUCAUCCACAUUACCCCUGUGCCCGGACAGCAGCAGUAUUUUUUACAGAAUCCAGGAGAGCCCCCCAUUCAACUUCUCCUUCAGAAGCCAGCUCCAGUGGUUAGCAGCAUUUCUGUUCCGAUUGUGCGUAAAGUCCAGGCUCCUGCUGCUGUUUCUAGCCCUGCUCCCGCCAAGAAUCCUGCAGCCAAGCCAACUGUGGUGGCCGCUCCUCCUACCUUGAUCUUGACUCCGACUCCUCCCACCAGUGUCUCGUCCCCAACCACUAAAGUAUUGACUCCGCCAACCAAGGUCACUACAGUGGUUACUAAAGUUUCGGCUCCUGCCAUCGAAAAGGAAAAACCCAGAGUCAAGAAUCGCCAGAAGAAGCCUCAGAAAAUCCAGACCCGCUCUGGCCGGGUAUCCCGGCCGCCCAAGUACAAGGUGAAGGACUAUAAGUUCAUCAAGAAUGAGGACUUGGCUGAAAGCCAUCAGUCUGAUUCAGAUGACUACUCUGAGAUUAGUGUGGAGGAUGAGGAUGAAAAGAAGAAGGCAGCAGAUGGUUUAACACGCCGCCAUAAAGCAUUCAAAUGUGAAACAUGUGAGAAAUCCUACAUAGGCGUGGCCGGUUUGAACAGACACUAUAGAUUAAAUCCCAGUCAUGAUAAAAGCCCUCCAACAGAAAAAGACUCCAAACCAUCAGAGGAAGCGACAGUAACGGAAGCUACCAAAACUAGUCCUGUGAAAGUGGCCACCACUCAAAAAGUGCAAGCAGACUCUACGAGACAGAUAGAAAGACGCAGACGCGGGAGGCCUAAGGGAUCUGGUGGAAGUAACCUUCCCAAAAGGCUUGGACGGAAACCAAAGCGAGGGCGGAGGGGCCGGCCGCCUAAAUACCUUACCACAGCAGCAGCUUUGGAACAGCAGGAACAAAGACGGAGAACUCGGCUGAAAGAGUUUAUACGGCAGUAUGAUGAUGAAGACCUGAUGGAGAUUGUUCUUCCACACCUCGCUAAGGUUAUGACAGUAUGGGAGUUUGUGCUGAUGAAGGUAGAAAAAGGCCAUCCAUCAAAUCAGCAAUUCCCCAGUGUGUAUCAUGAAUUUGAGCUGCUUCACAGCGAGGUGAAGAAGAUGGCACAAGAGCACUUUAGCAUUUCACCAGCUUCCCGACCAGCUCUCGAGGUUAACAACAUGGAAGUCUUAAAAUCAUUGGGUGUUACUGAUGUGCCUAGUGCACGGUCACUCCUGGACUCCACUCAGGAACAACAGGGUACAGUAACAGCAAAUCAGUCUAUGAAGAGUCUACGGAGUAUUGAGAAUACCAAAAUGUUACCCCCAGCAAAGAGGUUCAAAAUGGAAAAUUGUGGGGGAGAGAAAAAUGACUCGGCAAUUAAUCAGAAUGGGAUUCAGAAGGACGAGGCUAGUGAGGGUUCAGUGUUACUACGGGAGCCCCAAGUGGUUUUGACUCGUCUAGAGAACUUGAGCUCUGGAACUCUUGUUGAUGGUGAAACCCUGCCUGGCUCUGAUGAAGCACUUGAAAUAAGGACAGAAGAAGAACCUAUGGACACAGGAGUUGUUCCUCUUGAUUCAGAGACUACCAAGCAUCAAGAACACCCUGAUAAGGAGGCUUCUGAAGUUCUGAAGAGCAGAGGAACUAUGGAUGUCUCAGAUCAGAUGAAACAGUUAGGACAGGCCGUGAGCUCAAAUGCAGUACAUGAGAGUGCCCCUCAGGACACUAUUCCACAAGACGGAAGUAGUGACUCCCCAGAGGUGGGCAUUUUGGGUGAGGCAGGAACUGUGGGAGAACCUGCUGUGAUGCAACCUGCUCAGGCUGAAGAGGUUUUCAUUCAGACAGCAGAAGGCCUUGUCAGGCAGAGUGCUGAGGAGCUAGCCUCCAAAGGUAUUGUUAUUGUGAAUGGGCCAGACGGCACCACCAUGCAUAUUGAGGCACCAGAAGGGGUGCCGUUAGAAACUGUCCAUGCUCUACUCGGCAUUGAAACAGAAAGAAAGACUUGAGGAAGUUACAGCAGCUUCCCAUACCCAUCUGUAAUUGGUUGUCCACUCCAAGCAAACUAUGUCUGCAUUGUGGUGUUUUUUUUUCUGCAAGUAGCUUUUUAUUGUAAUUCUUUGUACAUUUGUAAAAACAAAGUAUUAUCAUUAUUAUAGGUUAGUGCAUUGUUUUGGUUCAGACUUUGGUUAAAAGUAUGUAACAUUUAGGAAUUUUGACACAGACUUUUUACCUUCGCAUUUCUUUAUUCUAGCUGCCAAACGCUUUUCUUCUCCCUCUCCUUGCAGCAGUGUUGCAGGGUUACACAUACCCAUUUUCUAUGGAUUUGGAGUUGUGUAUAGUUGAAGGGAGAAAAUACGUUCCACUACAGCAUGAAUGCUCGAAGCUGAGUUUAAAUGGAAAAAAUCCUUGAAGCAUUGAGUAACUGCUAUUGGUUCAUGGUUCCGUAUUAAACCUCGUUUGAGGAUGGUUUAUGGAGUUGGAUUAGAUGUUCUUUAUAAGCAUCUACUUUUUCUUAGGACAUAAAACAAGCAAAAUGUGAAACACCCAGAAAGCAAAUGGAUAAACAUGUCUUAAGUGUCUGAAAUCCCAGGUUACCUCUUUGUAAGUGUUUCAUUGUUUAUUACAUGUUAAAUAGUAGUUUGUCCAGUUCAAUGGUCAUUUAAAAAGCACUAUUUUAUUACUUUUUAUAUAAUCUUUGGGCAUACUGUGUUUUUUCAAACAUCUCAACAUUUGUAAUAUGAAGGGAAAACAUGAGCAGGUGACAUUAAAACAAUCUUUGCGAGUGA